GCCGGCCCCCCCCCCGCUCCAGGCUGGAGGCCCGCGCGCCUUGGGGUCCGGGUCCGGGUCGCCCACCACCCCACCCCCUUCCCCGGCCGUGGCCGAGGGCGCGCGGGGCCGCGUCCAGGAGACGGAACCCCUGAACGUUCGCGCGUUCUGAAGCCACACACGGGCUCGAGCUGGGGCCACGGGCGCACGGGGGUGCCGGAGAGCCGCCAGCCCUGCCCGCCGCCAGAAGGGGGGUCGAGGCCUCGCACCGCCGGGCGGCCCUGCGCACGCACGCGGUCUGCGUCCGAGCGAGCCGGGGCGCGUUUCGGGGACCGGGGUCCCUCGCGGGCCCUGCUUCCCGCUUUUCUAGGGGCACUGUUAACUUGGCGACCUACCAUAAUGAAAACGGGGAGGAGCCAAGAGGAUAUGGUAACGGGCAUGCUUCCUAGGCGCAAGAGCUCCAAAGAAUGGUUGGAACCACAGUCGCUCUCUUUUAUGGAGGCUUUAGCUAAAGAAGAUACUGAUGCAGCUGUUCAGUCAAUAUUAUAUAGAGAAAAUUAUGUAAUGAAGGAACUAGAUAAGUAUUUAUAUCAUCAUGACUUCUUAAAUGCAAGAAGAAAAGAAAUGUUGUAUAAAAAAUGGGUUGAGUGUGUGGCAGAUCCUCUACAGAAGAAAAUUAUAGAAAAAGUUUGUUCACAUAAGAAGAUUAAAAAGAGGAGACGACAAGAAUUAGACAGUUUUUUGAGACAUGUAAAUAAGAAGGGAAAUGCAUUUAUAGAGCAUUAUGAUCCAAAAGAAUAUGAUCCUUUUUAUAUGAGCAAAGAGGACCCCAAUUUUCUAAAGGUUGUCAUGCCGCCAUUCCGUGACCCUCUGAAAAAAGCCCAGUAUGACAAGGACAAUGACAAGAAGACUCUCCUCCAGUGUGAGACCGGCAAAAUCUAUACAAUGAAAGAAUUUAAAGAGAUCGAGAAGGCCCAGCUGCAUUCCAGGUUCCCGAGUAUUUCUAAUUCAAGGCAAUGUAUGACUCCAAACGAAUGGCUUAAAGUGCCCAUGAGAUACAUAGAAAGUGAAUUUUGUAAAAGGAGCAGGGUCAAAAUGAAGGUGAAUUUUAAUGCUAGCACUUUCGAUUUGACUCCCCUGAAGAGGGUGCCUAAUUUUCUGGAGUGCCGGGAGGAGGAAAAGACCGUCAGUUACAAAAACAAAGGGCUCUCCCCUCUGGACAGUGAAGCUCCGUGUCUCCAGGAGGGAAAGGACCCAAGUUCCCAAGGGAUCAGUUCUGAAGGUCAUCAUUCUUCUGCAGACCUCUGCCAGGAGGUGGAAAGGGAUGAGGUCCAGGACGAGGUGAGAAUUAACCAGAACGACGCGGUGAGAGCCGGGACAGUCAGCCCCAUUUGGGACCCCCAGGGCAGCCCUUGCUGACACCCAGGGCUAAGCAGGUGGGAACUUCUUGAUAUGGUGGGCUCUUUAGAAGCCAGGAGGCAGCUGAGCACACCUCCCGUGGGGAAGAGACAAAGACAGGUGUCGUUCAGAGGGAGAGUGUCCUUGCCGCUCGGUGGAGCAGCCGCACAGUGGACAUGCCCAGUGGCUCCUAUUUCCUUGGCUCCUGACUUGACUCCUGAUUGGGUAAUCUCUCUACCACCUCUACCCACUCUCUCCCAUUUCCCUGUAGUCAAGCCGGGCCCCCUGAAUUGUUUCUCUUAAUUCAAUCAAGAAUUAGUUUUCAAAAGGGCCAGUACUAAAAGCAGUAAUCUCUAAGGAGGAAAGUGUAGCUCCCAAAGUUAAAAUGUCCAGAGAUACAGGUCUUCAUAGAGACCUCCCAAGGGAACUACAGUAGUGUGGUAUCAUUUGACAGGCCUAGCCUGGCACCAGUCCAACGAGACAUCUAGGUCUAGAGGGUCCUUUUACAGUUGAGUUUCCCGUCCCAUUGCUGUGUCCCAUACUAUGGAGCUGUCUCUUCUCCGAGCGGCUGGACCCCAAAAGGAUUUUUUAUCCACUCGUGAAUGUUUCCCAACCUGUGAGCACAAUUUGCCCUCCUUGUCUGCCAUUGCUGAGUGGCGUUUCCAUGUGGUCGCUUACUCUGCUCCCUCCAUUUAACAAAGGCCCGUUCUGAGUCAGGCAGUGGGAAGGGCUGGAGCCAUGAAGGGGAGCCGCGGUGUCUCUGCUCUUGUGGAGCUUACACUUUGAUGGUAAAGACAGAAAAUAGUCAAAACAAAUGUCCAACAGGUGAGUUAAUGAAGUGAGGAGAAGAAGAUAGAUGAGGACACCAUUUUAAAUGGAGAAACCAGGAGAGUCUUCUCGGAAGAGGUGACAUGCACUGUAGGCUGGGCAUGGUGGCUCACACCUUCAAUCACAGCACUUGGGA